AAUUAAUGGUAAUCAGAAGACAAAGUGUAGGAAUAGCAUAGAUAUAAAUACUCUUUUUAAAUACUUUAGAGAUCUGAAUGAAGCUGAUUAUGGUGGAGGGGAGUUCCCGCAUGUUGAUGAAAAUGAAAGCGUUGAUGACAUCAUAAAUGCAGAACUUACUGAAGACGGAAGUAUAUUUAGUUGUGAUGGAUGGAUACUACACGCAAAAACUCUAUGUAAUGAAAUGAUCGACUACCCUGAGAAAGGGAAUAAUAUCACGAUCAAGUAUACCAUACGAAACCAUUUAGCGGAGCCUUGGUUUCAAUAUGAACGGAAUGUGACGUCACUGGCUGGCAGCCCAUUUAUUCGGUUCAUGGAACAGGCAGCCGAUGAAGACAAAAACUACCAAUUUUCCUCUACAUACUAUAGUAAGCUCGGAUACUUCAUCGAAGCGAUGGGAAAAGACAGAUUAGCGGGUACCCCUGGCUUGGCGUACUGGCAGUUCGUUCUAGCGCCAUCUACAGUCCUACCCGUGGGUGUGAGUAGCUAUAUUCCGAAGAACGGCGACCAUAUCAUUAUGAACUACGUCAUAGAGCAGUAAAAGCACUCCUCUCUCAUAAUGCUGCACUGGUCUUUCAAAAAAGAAAUCCUUAAUACAUUAUAAAUUAUUUCUUUUUUCUCCUGUACGUAAUUAUUUAUUUUUUUUAUCAAUAAAAAUGUUGACAAUAAA